GAGAGCAGAUAUAGUGAAUGCGGGGUCCAGGGAGAGCGUAUAUAAUGAAUGCGGGGUCCGGGGAGAGCGGAUAUAGUGAAUGCGGGGUCCAGGGGAGAGCGUAUAUAAUAAAUGCGGGGUCCGGGGAGAGCGGAUAUAGUGAAUGCGGGGUCCGGGGAGAGAGAGUGGAUAUAGUGAAUGCGGGAUCCGGGGAGAGCGGAUAUAGCGAAUGCGGGGUCCGGGGUCCGGGGAGAGCGGAUAUAGCGAAUGCGGGGUCCGGGGAGAGCGGAUAUAGCGAAUGCGGGGUCCGGGGAGAGCGGAUAUAGCGAAUGCGGGGUCCGGGGAGAGCGGAUAUAGCGAAUGUAGGAUCCGGGCAGCCAAAAACAGACGAAUAUAUGCUGCUGGCAACAGAAUAUA